AUGAACGAGGAAGAGCGCAAAUGCAGUUACCAAUGCUCGGAGUGUAAUAAAAUAGCAAUACUUGGACCAAAAGAUGCUGUUCGAUGCGUACAAUGCGGACACAGAAUUCUCUAUAAAAUAAGAUCAAACCAAUGGACACAGUAUGAAGCACUAUAA